UUCCUUGUCUAUAUAUUUUCUCAUCUCACCAUUUUGUUUUCAUAUUUCCAUUUCUAAACUAUAUAUAUACCCUCUCUCUCACACAUAAUUCUCUCUCUUCUUUUCUUUCUUUCUCUCUCUUUGCUGCAACAACACUUAGAUUCUUUUCCGGAUUCAUGUCGCAGGAAAAGGGUCAACCAUUGCCUAAGUUUGGUGAGUGGGACGUCAAUGACCCAGCUUCAGCAGAGGGGUUUACAGUAAUCUUCAACAAGGCCCGAAAUGAGAAGAAAACAGGUGGCAAUCCAGACUCACCUUCAAAGGCUGAUUCCAAUAUAAAGCAAGCAGCAGACCCGUGCAAACCUCAAGCUAAAAAAUGGUUUUGCUGCAUGCAAAGCCCCCAUGCAGAAGCUUGACAAGGUUAUCUGCCCGAGUUGAAUAUAGGAUGCAUAUUCAUAACGAACUCCAGAACUCCUGUUGGGUUGGCACGCUGGUUAUAGAGGAACUGCUUUAAGUCCUUUUUGUCCUGUAAUCUUGUGUUGGUGGGAAGAAUAUGAAAAACGACAUGUUUGAUGUACCUAUGUGAUAUAUUUUGUACUUCACAUUUAAGAGACAAUUUUUUCGAUUGCUUUCAUAUACGUGUGGUUUGUAGAGCGCAUCUCAACUAUAAAUUUUAUAAUUAUUUUAUUAGUCAUUUCUGGUUUGCAAA